CCCGGAAAUUUUGCGAGUCGCGUUCGGAAUGGUCCACUUACUUCUUUUACCUCGAAGAGUAUAAUACCUUUUCAUCGAGAGAGCCUGACGAUAAGAUUAGAGGUGGCAGCGACAUUUUUUUUUUAACGAUACGUCGAUACGUCCUACGGUCACGGUCUUAUAAGAUCCGAAGUUUUAGCCACACAGUCUUUCACUAAAUCUCGUCUCUGCGGGGACGAGGGAUCGACCCGUACUGCUCUUCUUUGAUUAAUUUUAAGGCACGAUAUCAACGAUGAGAUUCUUGCUGCCAUUGAUGCUCGCCGUAGCAGCUUGCUGGGCAAGCAGUCCUCCUUUUGAAAUUGAUCCUCCACAAGCUAUUGAAGAAAUUUUGGAUGACUAUAAAUUGCCAACAAAUGUCAUUCCUACUGCGUAUAAUAUCACAUUGGAUCCGAUUUUUGAUUCAGACAAUGAAACAUUAAAAUUUACUUUCCGGGGAAAGUCUGUGAUCACUCUCAACAUUACGGAAGAAACAAAUAUUAUAAAGUUCCACGCCAAGGGUCUUGAAGGAUUUAUUAAGGAGAACAUUACAUUACAUAUUGAUCCAAAAAAUUCGACAGAUCCGACAGAUCCGACAAAGCCGACAGAGCUGACGACAAAGCCGACAGAGCCGACAACAAAGCCGACAGAGCCGACAACGACACAAAGCCGACAGAGCCGACAACAGAGCCGACAGAGCCGACAGAGCCGACAACAGAGCCGACAGAGACGCCAAAGCCGUCAAAGUUGA